AUGUUUCUGUCAGAACACCGGCUGGCUGAAAGAGGAUAUUUGCUGCUCUGGCUGCUCCCAUCUGUUCUCAAAGCCCAGCCUAGUGCGGAGGUGAGCCCAAAGCCUCUGCCAUGCCAGCAGAGCUCAGUUCAGGUCUCAUGCCAAGGUCUUGGCCUCCGCACAUUUCCAGAGAAGCUUGGCCAUGGGGUUAAGCAGCUCGACCUCUCUGACAACUUCAUCCAAAACCUGACGGAAAGCUGCACAUCAAAGUUAGGGCAGCUAGAGCACCUCAACAUGCAUUUCAACCAAUUGGCAACUGUGUCAGAAAUGGCCCUGACUCAUCUAACUCAUCUUCACUCUCUGCUCCUAGCUGCAAACCACCUUGAUAGGAAUUACUUCACCAAUGGAAGAGCCUUCGGGUCACUGAGGAAUCUAAAGGUCCUGGACCUUUCUGCAAAUAAUUUGGACAGUGAUAUGGCAGCCUGGUACUUCAGCAAACUCACCUCUUUAAAGAAACUGGAUCUGUCCUGGAACAAGAUGACCAGGCUGCCAGGGAGCAUCUUCCAGGGAACUCUAAAGCUGAGAGAGAUCAACCUUAACAAUAACUACAUCACGGAAAUAGAGGAAGGAGCUUUUGAGGCUCUAUUAAAUCUAAAAGUGGUGAAUUUAGCCAUGAAUUCCCUUCACUGUAUCUCGGGCUUCAGCCUCACACAGCUGCAAGUUUUAAAUCUCAGUUACAAUGCCCUGGAGUUCUUUGUUACGGAGGAGAGAAAGGAACACUACCAGCUUCAGGUGCUAGAUCUGAGUCAUAACAAACUGAUCUACUUUCCAGAGCUUCCCAAGAUGCAUCGCCUCACACACUUAAACCUCUCUGAUAACGCCAUGGUCUCUUUGGCUCCAAGUUCCACCAAUACAGCAGAGUUCAGACUGCAGUAUGAUGAGAUGGCAAGACCUAACAUAUCCUUGAAUAUUUACAAUGCAGCAGCUAGACUGUCAAAGAUAACUGACUUAGAUCUCAGCAGUAACCUGUUGAAUUUGUUCCCAGUUACUUUCCUUCACAAUCUGAGCUCCCUCCAGAAUCUCAAUAUGGCUAAGAACUGUCUCCAUAAUAUAGCUGUGGAGUCAUCUCCUGGUGAUAUGGAAAGCAAGGAGCCAGGCGUGAUGCAUGACAAUGCCUUUUUGUCGGUGCGAUCACUGGAUCUUCAAGGCAAUUUCAUUCAUUCCUUGCCACCGUGGUUUUUUGGUAUUCUGCCCAAACUGGAAACACUUGACCUUGGUUCUAACAGCCUCCAGCCUUGUGAGAGCCAGAAUGCUAAUAAAAGAGAGAUCCCAAUAGGUCAUAACUCAGAUCAAAGAGGUAACUGUACAUCCUUCUGUGACAUACCGCAGCUGAAGUAUCUGAGUUUACGUAGGAACAACAUUGUGAGGCUAUAUCCUUACAUGUUCAACCAAACCUCUUUGGUCUCCCUGGAUCUGUCUGAGAAUGAAGACUUGUUCAUGCCAAAAGGAGCUCUGGAGGGUCUGGAAUUCUCUUUGCAGAAGCUCUCUCUGAGAGGAAAUCAGAUGGACAACAACAAGACAGAGUUCCCUUGUCUGAAGAUGCUGAAAAAGUUGGACAUCUCAGACAACAAGUUGAGUCUUUUGCCCCCUGAUCUUGUCUGCUCUCCACUGGAAAAUCUGGACAUUCGCAAUAACAAUCUCCAGGCCUUAGAGAAACCUGCCACUGUGAGAUGGUCCAGCAGCCUCAAUCAUCUGAAUGUUGCUGGCAAUCCCUUUAGCUGUUGUGCACUGAGCUGGCUGGAAAUUCUACAAGCUGCCCAUGUGAGUGUGUUGGAUCUGAAUGAAACUCUGUGCUCUUAUCAGGACAAGAACAGGAACUUCUCAACUAAGAUAGCCAACAAGACCACGUGGCUUUGUCCUCAUCAGAUAGGAAAUCGCUACCUGAUGGUAUUGAUGGUGGUGGUGAUCACUCUUUGCUUUCUGUUUCUCAGCUGUGGGAUAUGCUGUCGUCUGAAAAAGAGUCGUCAGCUGUCAAAGUAUCUGGGAUUCAGAAGCAACAGGGUGGACCCCAUUCCUUAUCAUCCAAAUAAGGAAAAGAGAACUGAACAGAUAGCAAUAGACCGAGUUACAGAAGUAUAG